GCCCCGGGGCAGGGCGCGGCCCCGGGGCAGGGCAGGCCCGCGGGAGCAGUGGGCAGGAGACGGCCGGCGGCAGCCGCGAGCGGGCGGAGGGGCGGCCGGCCGCUCUCCCAGCAGCAGAACCAUUUGAUUGCUGAUCUCCAGCAGCCUCUGUAUCUCAGGCACACCUCAGUAUAGCAACGUUGGCCGUGCAUGAGAGUAAAUGGGAACAAAACAAGCGCGGAAGGUUGCCUUUUGUUGGGCUGUCUUGCUAAAGUGACUUUUCCGUUUGCUAGCUACACUGGAUCUUUGAUUGUGGUCUCCUCCAAAUUGCAACACUGAAAACAAUGGCAACAGAAUGUAUAAAAAACUGCUGUAAAUGGUGUUUCUGCAUGGAAAAAGAAAAAAAUGAUCCAGUUUCCAUGGUGCAGGAAUCUGAAGCAGUAGCCGCAAGCAAGCCAACUAUUGUAGAGAAGCCUCCAUUGUCUUCUGUGUCAGUGAAGCGUCAAGUUGGCUGUUCAGAGGAUUAUCUCCUUUCUAAACUGCCCCUGGAUGGUCAGGAGGUACCUUUUGUGGUCCCUCCAUUCAAAUUGGCUUAUGUACAGCCGAAGAACCUUCCUAGUAUCUCACAUGCUGGAGGGAUUCAAGAAUCUGCCAGAGCCUCACUUGGUGACCGGAAAGCAGAACUGCACGGUGUGUACCAAUGGCCCCGCUAUGACGUGUACAACCCAUUCUAUUUGGAGCAUCGGAUUUCGCCAGAUCUGAUUAGGCGCUUCCAAGCAAAAUCAGAUAAUAGGAAAUUAUAUGGAUCAGUUUGUGAUUUAAGACCUAGUGCUUUGCCUGCAUCAUUUGAUGUAAGUCGUUCAAUGUUUGAUCUCAGAAGCCCACCUCAUCGAUUCAUGAAGAGAUACGAUUCAUUCUCCAGUGUACCUAGCAGUACCUCUUCCAGGAAGGAUUCGCAAGGCAGUAACAGGAGUCUGGAUACUAUUACAUUAUCAGGUGAUGAACGAGACUUUGGAAGACUGAAUGUGAAGUUGUGUUAUGUUUCUUCUGUAGAACAGAUUUGGAUCACAGUUUUACAUUGCAAAGAUCUGAGCUGGCCUUCUAGCUAUGGGGAAAAUCCUCGUAUCUACGUCAAGGGAAUUCUCACACUGCCAAAACCAGUGCAUUUCAAAUCUUCUGCCAAGGAAGGGUGCAAUGACAUUGAAUUUAUGGAAACUUUUGUAUUUGCUAUUAAACUGCAAAGCCUGCAGGCUGUCAGAUUGGUAUUUAAAAUCCAGAUGCAGACUCCCAGGAAAAAAACAAUUGGAGAGUGCUCCUUGGCACUGCGGGAGCUCAGCUCAGAGGAGUCAAGUCAUUGGCUGGAUAUAUCUCCUCCUUCCAAAGCACCUGUGUGCCGUGCAGAACUUCAAAUAGGAACUUGUUUUCAGGCAAUAAACAGGAGGAUUCAGUUACAGAUUCUUGAAGCACAAAACCUUCCAGUUUCAUCUACACCGCUGUCUUCAAAUUUCUUCGUGAAAGUUGGAAUGUUUAGUACAGAAGGGAUGAUUUAUAAGAAGAAGACUCGUCUUCUGAAGUCCACUAAUGGCCAAGUGAAGUGGGGAGAAAUGAUGAUUUUUCCAGUUAGCCAAGCUGAACAAGGAAUUAGCUUUCUCAUCAAGCUCUACAGCAGAAGCUCAGUGAGAAGAAAACACUUCUUAGGACAGAUCUGGAUAAGUUCUGAUAGCAGUAACAGUGAAGCAGUAGAGCAGUGGAAAGAUACUAUUGCCAACCCUGAAAAAGUUGUUGUUAAAUGGUACAGCAUUGGUCCAUCCUGAAGACUGGAGAUGAAACUCAGGACUGAUUUUUUUUUUUACAAAGAUACCCCUACGCUGUUUAAAAUAGUACAAAUAAAAAGAAAAAUAUUGUCUACACAGGGUCUUCAGAAGUCCUCCACUGCAUCACACCUCCAUGGUAACUAGGAAAAUUCAGUUUCACCAAGACAAAUACUAGCUAAAUAUUAUUAAAAGGAGGACAUAGGAACUGGGGAAAGUGCUCAUUCAAUUUUAAAAAAAUCCACCUUGAAAAAUACAUUUUUGCCCCUUUCAGGCUCCAUAAGAGCACAGAAAUCCAAUCUUGGAGAGAAGCAGCUUGAAUCAGCAGCAUCUUCACUAGUCACUGACGUCAUCCUCAUCGGCAAUCUUGUCUUUGGCAGACUCCAAAGUCCAUGGGAAUCAGUCCAGUCAGUGGCUUGAUCCUAGGUAUCUCUGAGCCUCUGGGGUUGCGCCUGUGUUGACAGGAUUUGAUCAGAGUAACGUGUGCCUGAGCAAGUGGGAAAGCUGCGGCAGUAGGAGAAGGCAUAAAGAGAACUACACAAUAAGGGAGUUCCCAAAGGCUUUUCUAAUCUCCAUCUUUGAUGAAGAUGUUCAGUACCCUGACAUGCCUGUAGCUUGGCUGUUCCCCCAUCCUUCUCUCUAAACAGAGAGACGGAAAGAUAAGAGUUUCUCUGACUAACUGUGAUCUUUGCAAGUGGAGCCCUCCAGACGUGCUCUGUUUGGUUGAAUUCUGUCUGGAAUCAAUGGAAUAAUACAAAGAGGCAACAGCCCUGCCUAGGAUCAGGGCCAAUACUUUUAGAUAAAUUACUUUCUUAUAUAGAAUUCUUAUAUGUAAACCACUUCCUAUCUAAUCAACAAUGUUCUAGCAUUUGCUUACAUUGCUAAAACUCAGACUAACAUGAGUGAAGGAGUAAGCAAAUAUUUACUGACAUAAGUGCUUUUUGAUAUUCAUUAAAAUGCAGCACAGUAAGGGACUCGGUCUUUGUUUAAAAGACAGGCUGCUACUGCAGAAGUGUUUGUUACGUGUCUAGGAUGCUGAAAAAUUAUGUGUGGGAGUAUAUUUUUGUUACUUGUUUCUAGCAAGAAGAAAUUACCAUAUUUUUAUUGUGAAUUACAUUUUUCCUACAAAAUCCCAAGAUUAUUUUUUCUAUUAGUCCCCAUAUUUUCAGGGGUUUAUUCACAGUUAUUUUUAAGGCAGGAAAAUGCCAUGUAUAUGAUUGAUAAUACAUACAUCUAAAAGCACAGACCUCUUUGCACUACUUUAACUACUGGAUUUAAAGAAUAUAUAUUUUCCAUUAAAUCCACUGCUUACACAUUUACUGUUGGCUGUCUGGACUGUACAAAUAUGUAUGUUCAUAUAGACGCUGAAUAAUUAUAUCUUUUUUUUAUAACUGGGAUCCUGUUCAAACAUCUGACAUUAACUAGAGUGGCAGUGAGAGUACUCGCUGCUGGAAGGCAAAGGAACAGGGGGGAACAGAGAAAACACUAACAGGAAAGCAUAGUGUUGUACUUAAGCAUAGAGCUCAGAGCACCUUUAUUUUAACUUUUUUGACUUUAAGGGUCAAGAAAAAAUGGAAUCUUGUAGAUUAUUUUUUAUCAGCUGAUAUUGAAGCUUUUAAAACUUCAACUAUCCAGAUUUUUGUUGUUGAAAUUUAGUAUUUUGAAAAUGGGCAAAGAAAAGGAUUUUCCCAGGCUCUUACAUGUUCUGCUUUUUGAACAGUUUUUAUAAAUGAACUGAAAAAGCUUUAUGCAUGUUACUCAGAGAACAAACAUCAGUUCUAGCUCUUACUGACAGUCAUUGCAAAGCUCCCAGGAGGCCCAGAGGAUCUUGACUGACAGCGUUAAAUUCUAGCCAGUCAUAUUACAACACUUGGAAUGAGCCUGGCCUGUUGGGUAACAUGAUAAAAAGGAGCUGGACCGAGCUGAUGUUCUUGGACUAUCUUUACUUGAAUACCUGGAUCUUUUUUAUUCAUUGUGGCUGAACUGCAGUAAACAAAAUUGCAAACUGUUUUCUUACGCAGAACACUGCUCUAUUUGAAAGAGACGACAGGGAGUAUCCCAGUGUUUUGGAAGCUUCGAUUACCACAGCAGUGGUUCUGUAGAGAUUGCCAACUCAGUGGAUACUGUGUAAAAUGGACUUUUGGGGCUGGUUUAGGACACCUAGCCUUUUAAGGGCUUAACUAGUAAUGUCUCCUUUUUUCUAUGUUAAUAUUUAAUCUAUGUGUUUAUAAUAAAAGUUAUGAACAGAAAAUAAUAGAAUCAUUUAGGUUGGAAAAGAGCUUCAAGAUCAUCGAGUCCAACCAUCAUCCAUGCCCACUAAACCAUGUUCUGGAGUACCUUGUCUAUGCGCUUUUUGAAUACCUCCAGGGAUGGUGACUCAACCACUUCCCUGGGCAGCCUGUUCCAAUGUCUGACAACCCUCUCAGUAAAGAAAUUUUUCCUAAUAUCCAACCUAAAUCUCCCUUGCCGCAACUUGAGGCUUUUUCCUCUCGUCCUAUCACCAGCCACCUGACAGAAGAGACCAACACCCACCUCACUACAACCUCCUUUCAGGUAGUUGUAGAGAGUGAUAAGGUCUCCCCUCAGCCUCCUCUUCUCCAGACUAAACAGCCCCAGCUCCCUCAGCUGCUCCUCAUAAGACUUAUGCUCAAAUAUUCCUUUUUUUUUUUUUUUUCAGUUGUUUAUACCAGUGUUUACCAGCAUCUCAAACUGAUGUUCAAGUCCUACCUUUUUCUCUGAGAAAAUGCCAACUAAGGAACUAUAUUUCAUGUAGCAUUGAAUGUAGGGGAGUUGACUGCUAACACAUUGAGGAGGUAUAUAAGGCCUCUCUUUGCAAGAUGCACACAGGUACUAGAGAAUGCACUCUGAGGCACUGCUUCAUCCUGUGCUUAUUCACAGGCUUUGGGGUUUUCUGCAUUUGUGUGUGCAUUCAUGUAAGAAUUUAAUGAAUUCUUAAUAGUUGGCUAAAGACACUGUGCUUUUUUUCUACAACAUUGGAGCAUUUAAGUUGCUUGUUGCCCAGAUUUAUUCCUCAGUUUGUCCAGAGCACUACAGUGUUCUUGAGGAAACUGUAUUUCAGGUUUAGAAAGCAGAAGGUCCUUUAUUUGUCCCACCACACAAAAUUCGGCUCUGCUUGUUACUAGUCUCGGCUGACUCAAUGCACACUCCAUUACUGAGAGCAUGGCAGCAGAGCACUGGGAUGUCCGUUUCUGUGUGCACUCCAGCCUUGUUGUGUGU